UCUCUUCUACUGGAGAAAGUAAUACACAGCUUCGUGCGUUUGAUGUAAACGCCAAAUAUCUGCUAAUCUUUUGACCGCUUCAAAGUUUGAAGUUUGAAAGGGGUGGAGUUACACCUGCGAAGGGCGGAGUCACAAUUAUGUUGCACCGGACAUCUAUUUUGCGGGCGAUUUCUCUACUAGUGCAUCUAGCAUUUGUCACCGUGCAUUCGGUCUCCGGUCUCAGUGUUCCCAUCUUCACACAGCAACCAACAAACACGAUCGCCGUUCUCGGUCUCUCAAUCGAUUUGACGUGCCAAGCGACGGGAGAUCCUCCUCCGACCUACAUCUACACUCACAACAACAGCCCGGUCGCCAACGACACGAGCCGUGGAGUAACGAUCGCGAACGGCAAACUGACACUAGAGAAGUACCAAGCAUCGGACGCUGGUCAAUACGUCUGCACAGCGACAAACAGCGAAGGAUCAAUCAACAGCAAUACAGCUACUUUGAGAACAGCUUACAUCUCAAAUACAUUCGCAACGUACCCGAUCUCUCAGGUUCUUGUCGCGCACUCGUCGUUGUCAUUGACCUGCACAAUAGACAGCCUGCCAAAUGCUGAUAUCACGUUCGUUCAUAACAAUAACAUUCUGCGUGCGGAUUCAAGUCCCCGUUUUACGACCGUGGCGCUCUCCAAAGGCAGCAGACUCGACAUAAGCGACACGCAUUUCUCCGAUAACGGCACGUAUUACUGCGGUGCCAUGAAUCCGAUCAACUCCGGGUUCGUGAUUGGAGCCACCAUCACCGUCAACGUUCAAGGUCCUCCUGAGUUCGUCACGCUUCCUUCAUCACAGUCGAUUCCUGAAGGACUGGCGGCUCGUCUGGAUUGCGUAGUUGUGGCGAUACCGGCGGCGACGUCAACGUGGACGACGCCGGGAGGAACCGACUUGCCAUCAACAAUUUCUCCACGAUUCUCUGUGUUAUCCAAUAACAGUCUGAUGAUAAGUAACGUCCAGAAGACCGAUGCUGGAUUAUACACGUGCACAGCGAGCAAUCGCUUUGGGUCACCAGCAGCUAGCUCGCGUCUUACCGUGCUCGAUCCACUCUCCAAGCCUUCCUUUACUACCUCCCCAGCUAGUGUGACUGCACUCUCCAAUUCGAGCAUUACAAUGAACUGUGUAGCUUCAGGAAACCCUUCUCCGACUAUUACGUGGACGAGAGGCAACGAAGCGUUGAGAUAUAAUUCCAGAAUUGUAUUCCUUGCCAGUCAGGGUGUGCUUAGAAUAUCGUUCAUAAUACCCGACGACGAAGCCCAAUACACGUGUACAGCAACAAACUCUGAGGGAUCAGUGACGUCAUCUGCGGUACUCACAGUCCAAGUGCUGCCGGCGAUCACGUCCUCUCUUCCAAAUUUGGUAUUAAACGAGGGCGCGUCACUUCAAGUCGACUGUACAGCAACCGGCAAACCAUCACCCUCUAUCGUAUUUGGCCACCCAUCCUCGGCUAGUGCGAUAACGAGCGUUUCAGGAAGAUUAACCGUUGCGUCGCUAGCGAGGACCGACGCCGGACAGUAUUCGUGUACGGCGACAAACGUGGUCGGAAGAGACAAGAAGGAGUUCACCUUGAAAGUACAAGGAAUACCCUACUUCAUCAGAAAACCCAAUAACGUGGCGGUAACAACAGGAGCAACGGUCACAUUCUAUUGCGACAUUGCCGGCGACCCGGUACCGACUAAGACGUGGACAAGGUCCAACCGCACUCCUCUUCCCAUGGACCCGCGCUUCACCGCCCCGAGCACCGGCGAGCUUCAGAUACAAACCGUCAUCAAGACCGACGCCGGCACUUACGAAUGCCGAGCGUCCAACAGUUUUGGCGAAGUGGUGGCUUCGGGAGCAUUGUCAGUCCACGUGUUUCCUUCGUUUUCUCAACGUCCCGCAGACAUCGAAGUCGUGCAAGGUGGAGACGCCGUUUUUGAAUGCGUCACGACCGGCAGUCCGAGUCCGACGUACGGCUGGACGUUUCCCAAUGGCACCGUCAUUGCCGCAAGUCCCAACGGCAGGUUUCUCAGCGACGGCGGCAUGCUUACUAUCAAACGGCUCACCGCUGCGGACCAGGGACGCUAUACGUGCAUAGCCACCAACGCAGCCGGCUACAUAUCAUCCGCAGCGACAGUGACGAUGCUCACAUUGCCGACGUUUACUACCAAGCCAUCUGACACUAUUGUCAUCGCCAGUCAAACGGUGUCGUUCUCCUGCUCUGCGACUGGGAUCAACCAGCCGACUAUAUCGUGGGUAUUGGUGCCCAACAACGGGGUCGAACUACCGCUUACGAGUGCGAGAUACUUGGUGACGAGUACGGGAACUCUGACCAUACCGGGAAUCGAGAAGACGGACGAGGGAAUAUACCAAUGCCGAGCUAGCAACCGAGCAGGGACGAUGUCGCUUCAGGCUCGUCUAACAGUACACAUUAAGCCUGUUGCUUAUCUUCUCGAGACCACCUUGACUCUAAUCUCCGGUCAAAACGGCGAAUGGAGGUGCAACAUAACCGAAGGUGACCCGACUCCGACGUUCAAAUGGACUCACGCAUCCGAGAGCUCGUUGACUGAUGUCAACCGCUUUGUCGACAGCCGCGACGGUCUCCUCACGCUCAAAUCCGUACAAACAACGGAUGCUGGACAGUACACAUGCCAAGCCACAAAUUACGUCGGCAGUUCGACAGCAACAGGAACAUUAAACAUUCAAGUUAUCCCUACCAUUUCUUUCGUCGCAGCUAAACCGGUUGUGGUUGGUGGAAGUGCCUUACUCGAAUGCAAUGCGACGGGUGUUCCCAUGCCGACGGUUAGAUGGAGAAUUCGAACUUCUGGCAAAGUAAUUCGUACUGACAGUCGCUACAGCCAAACAUCAAGCGGCUCGUUGGUGAUCACUAACGUCAGAGGCUCGGAUCAACAGGCGUACGAGUGUCAAGCCGUAAAUGCUGCUGGUACCGCGUCUCGCAACGUUAACCUCAAACUUAUUUUGCAGCCGGGCGCGGUGUCAAAACCAACCGCGACCAACGUCGGAGUCCACGAAGUAACUCUCACGUGGACCAUCUCCGACUCGGGUGGUAGCCCUAUCACCGGCCAUCAAAUCGAGUACUUUUUGCAGACGUCGUGGCGAAAAAUACCAACGACAUACGACGGCAACAAUACUCAAAAUAUAACGGGAUUGACCGGCAACACCGAGUACUUCUUCCGUGUUACGGCCAUAAACAAAGUGGGACCCAGUUCGAACGGUGUACCAAGCGACCCGGUGAAAACACUAAUUGGAGCUCCUUCAGCCCCUCAAGACUUCAAAGCGGUAGCGACCGGCCCCAAUUCGGUCGAGCUAACUUGGAUGAAUCCACAAGUCUCCAACGGUCCCUUGCAGUACUACGAAAUCGAUUACGAAUCGAGAGACAUCGAACAGAUUGCCAGCACAACGCGUCGACACAAAGACCUAGCGUCCCUCGCAUACACGGUCACGCGACUCGACCCCUACAUUUCUUACGUCUUCCGCAUUCGGGGAAACAACGGAGGAGAGGAACUCGCCGGAGAGUACGCCACCGCAACGGCAAGAACCAACGCAUCCGUUGCAACGGCACCACCGCAAAACGUACGGUUAGAAGCCGCGGGAGAACCAGUCAUUACUGUCACGUGGGAGCCGCCAUCACCGAUAGGUAGAAACGGACCGAUAAGUGGGUAUUACCUUUACUAUCGCAUCGUAGGGAGCGAAGGUGAGACUAAACGAUACUUCAGCGAGGAACUUAGGGGAGAAACAACGUCGUACAAGUUAGAAGCGCAAGGUAACGUGAGGUAUGGUGUCGUCUUAUCUAUGUUCAAUGAUUUCGGAGAAGGACCGAACAGUACAGAAGUGCAAUUGACUGCACCGAGUGCCGGAUUUGAGACGGAAACGAGCGGAGCGUCGCUGGGAGAGGGAAAACAAGCAGCUAUAGCAGUCGGUGUAGUUUGCUUUGUUCUACUCUGUACGUUAAUCGUGGCCUCGUUCUAUUACCGCUACAAAAUGCGGACAGCCGUGCUCAGCAUGACUCGCGGUGACGAGGAAUUAGGGAAUGAAGAUGCUGUAGGAGGCGGAAAAGAACGUGGAGGCGACGGAUAUCUUCCUGAUUCACCAGAGGUGAGGAGCAAGAACGUUCGAGGUAAUUAUCGAGAGAGGCAAAGCCAGAAACGCGCAAGUGCCAGCAACGUGGCUCAAGCUACUACCACCACAACUGCUACAACCCGGAAAAACGAUACCAAAGAGCCUGAUAGUCCUCGAUACGUUCCGCCUCCUACCACCACAGCCGCUACAACCCCGGGAAACGAUACAAAAGAGCUCGAAAGUCCUGGAUACGCUCAACCUGGAGACCUACUCCUUCCAAGAACAAAGUCCGACGACUCGAGGGGAGAAACAGCGGGGGUAGACAACGCCGUUUACGCUCAAGUAGACCUGCAAGCGAAACACAGACAGAACGACGAUGAAAGUCGUCGACAGGAGGAAAACAUGACAGAAGAAGCAACGAGGAGAGCGACUCAAGAGGCCGCCAAACGGGAAGAAGAAGUUCGGCACAAGCAACUCGAAGAGCAACAACGAGCACAAAAGGAACAGAAAAGGCAAGAGCAAAUCCGGCAAAAGGAAGCCGAGGCAAUGAGAAAGAGAGAAGAGAAGAAACGCCGGGAAGAGGAGACGAGAAGAAUGAAAGAAAUCAUGAAGCAAGACCGAAAAAAUCAGAGCGCAAGAGAGAAGGCCGCCAAGAAGCGCGGGAGCAAAUCAGCUCGACCGUACAACCUCUCUUCCGAUCCCGGCUUCGGUACUGCUGGACUGUUCUAGACACUUGCAUAGAAAUGGUAGUCUUUCUUGCGGCCUAGACCCUAUAGAGUCGACAUUUGCGUAUAGCUUGUUGUUUGAUUGAUAUCUGACUAUUAACUAUUGACGGUCAGCUAAAUGUUUCGACUGCUGACACAAAUCUAUUAAAACUUUUAUAUUAUACUAGAUCCAUGCCCCGUCCUUUGUACGGGCAAGAUACUGUAGCGUUCUGACGGAAGACGCAGUCUGAGCGUGUGCGGACGUCACGUGCAAUUUUUUGUUGCG